AUGGAGUCACCAGCACGAAAGCACGCUCGAGAUACGGCCUCCCCUCUUCGCACACUGUCGCCACACCACAUCAACCAGCAGACCAUGAAGUCCAGCAAACCAGAGAGGGACAGACACUCAGUCGAUGUCCAGUCCAAAGUCGCGUUCCUCAACCGCCUAGCGAGCCCCGGCAGCCCGGCACCCCUGCAGCCAUCAUCGACUACGCAUGCUGCCCUACAAAGAGCGAUACUGGGCCGUGAAGAGGCCGAAGAAACACUAAGAGCAACGACCAAAGAGUUGAAUGAGGCGCGGCAGCGAGAACGACGCGUGAGUGAGCGGCUGGAGUCGUUACUCGAGGAACUACAUACAUACAAAGAGCGACAGUCACAAGAGCGAGCAUUGUUUGAAAAAGAAAUACGGCGUGCCAGAAAAGAAGCGUUUCGUGCUGGUUCUAAUCUGGUCAAGGCACAAGAGGAAUUGAAGUCUUCUCGUGGAGAAAUAAAGAGUCUCAAGGACGAUGUCAGGAUUGAACGAGAGGCCAAGGAGAAAGCCAAACAAGAUGCAUUUGAACGCGCUUAUGCGUUGGCAGGUUUGACAGAAGAGAAUGAAGUAUUGAAGGAUCAAAUAAGAGCAUUUCAGACGGAUAACCAGUCUGGCAUUCUCGAAGCAGAAGCGGAGAUGAUGAGGGGUGAAACACCGAGAAGCAGAGCCCAAAGAUCAAGCAUAAACCUUAUGCCAGGAAGUUCAGCGUCGAGAGGAAAGAAGCGUGGCCUGCCUGACUCCAGAGACCAAAUGUCGCCAGUCCGCAAAAAGAGUGCUCAACACCAGCCUGACUUCCGGUCUAGCAUGAAAUCACCCACAAAGUUAACUCCCAGCCGCGACUUGGUGCCGUUUGAGCAGGAAGGAGAAGAAGAGCCUUUGAAACUCAUGGACAACGAGAGAGAAAUAAUAAUGGAACUCGAAGAGGAUUUGCGCUGGGAGAAGUUAAUGCGACGACGAGCAGAGGAUAUGAUUGAUUUCUUGAAGCUCGAGUGUCAGUUUAAACGAUGCUCUUGCAGGAUUGCAGAACGCCAGGGGAUUAAAUAUGUGCACGAUCUAGACUGGGAGAAGAUAAGUCCGGCCGAGGAUCAAGAGAAGACCACCGUUACGAAGAUACCCAGUCCACUGCCGGACAGGAAGCCAUCACCACAUUUACAGAUAACCGAAGAGUCUCCUCCUUCAGAGAGCGCUGAUCUUGACAAACUUGAAGCUGAUCCCGCAAGCGACGAUGCUCCCCCCGAGCCAGACGUUGUCUUCUGCCCAGAUACUGGAACUUUCAAGGCAAUUCUAUCUCCGGCGCGCAAGGCAGAGCCAAUACCACCUGAAAGGUCAAAUAGCCGUCCUGCAGUAAACCGUACAGAGCCACCUCCAAAACCAAGAUGGUCACUUCAUGAUGACCCUGUUCCGGCACCAAGCUCUGUAGUUCCGAAGAAGAGAAACGAAGAACCACCAUUAGUUGCGGCUUUAGAAGCCUCUGAUCAUCAACCACAAUCUCCACGACCAACUAUACAAGAACUGCCUGCUACAACAAACCCUCGAAAACGCUACGUGACGCCUCUCUCGCUCGAACAACGUCAACGUCAGCAUCAAAACAAUACCACAGCUGAAGUGGAAACAAUCACAACCACCAAGACAGUACCUCUCAAUGCCGAAAGGGCCUCUACUGAUUUAUCUGCUAAACUCCCCGGUACGCCCAUUAGCCGCGAAGAGGCUCUGGCACAGAUCCGAGCACGACGUGGCCGUACACAAAGCGCCCUCAAACGGUCUGCCAGUGCGAAUGAUGCCAGCCAUCGUCCCCGCGUUGUCAGCGGAACUUCAACGCCCAGUAACGUCGUCAGAAGUGUGUCAAGAGCGGAGGGUAUGACGAUCAGCCGUGCUAAGCCAGGUCGCCGCGGGCUUUCUACUGCCAGCCAUGGAUACUAG